AUGACAUCAAAACAAGAUAACAAUAAUAGAAACUCCACAGAUUCAAGUAAUUUUGAAGAUAUUUCAUCAUUUGAUUCACAGAAUUCUUUUGCCCCUCAAGAAUUUAAAGGCAAUUUAGAUUCAAAUAAUGAUAACGAUACUGGUGUAUUCAAUAAGACAAAGAGUGGCACAAGUGAAACCAAUACAUUAAAAGUCAAUUCAUCUAACGAAAUUGAAAAAAUUGUCACUAGAAAUGCAUUGGAAAACAACACAGAAACUGUAGCUACAUUGAGGGAAACUGAAUCAAAACUUUCAAAAGUGCCUACUGAAAAUGUAUUACCUGCAACCAUGGAAAAUAAUGCAGCCUUUCCUGAAGAGUACAGAAUUGAAACAAAAACUGGGUUAGUUCCAAUUAAGACACUAGAAGAAAUGCAUAGUAAUAAAUCAAAUGGCAAAAAUGAAGAAAAUGAACAUCAUAAUCACCAACAUAAUCACCAUAAUCAUCAUAAUCAUCAUCAUCAUCAUGAAAAAAAUGAUGAAGAUAAAGAUGUUGAACAGAAAGAAAAACACCCUGCUGAACAUUUACCUCAUGGUAAAUUAGAGCAAAAAAAUAUAGAUAUUGUAGUAGAAAGAAACAAGAAGCAAUUAGAGAAAUGGGAAGAGCACAAACAUGAAAUCAAUCCUGUAAAAAAGUUUAUUUAUAAAUUUUUAGAUUCAUACCAAUAA